AUGCAAUCAGCUAUUAAUUUUGCUCGAAAAAAACCUUUUGAUUGUUUUUUGGCUGUUGGUGGUGGUUCUGUUAUUGAUACAGCCAAAGCAGCAGCUUUGUAUGCAAACAAUCCAAAUGCUGAAUUUUUUGAUUUUGUACAAAAACCUUUUGGCCUUGGACUUAUUCCUGAUAAAACAAUGCUGCCACUGAUUGCUGUCCCAACAACUGCCGGUACUGGAAGUGAAACAACAGGCGUUUCAAUAAUUGACAUACCCGAAAAACAAUGUAAAACAGGCAUCAGACUUCGAUGUAUCAAACCAAAUUUGGCAAUAAUCGACCCUCUAAACGUUAUGUCAAUGCCUAGAAAUGUUGCAAUUUAUUCUGGUUUUGAUGUUCUUUGUCACGCUUUGGAAUCCUACACAGCUAAACCGUACAAUAAACGUUCUCCUCUUCCGUCAAGUCCAAAUGUUCGGCCAGUCUAUCAAGGCUCUAAUCCGGUCAGUGAUGUUUGGGUAAGAGAAGCACUUCAAAUUGUUAAGAAAUAUUUUCGACGAUCUAUCUUUGAUCCAGAAGAUGAAGAAGCACGUACGUACAUGAUGAUGGCUAGUUCAUUUGCUGGGAUGGGGUUUGGAAAUGCUGGUGUACAUUUAUGUCACGGACUUUCUUACCCAAUAAGUUCACAGGGCAAAUCUUAUUUUGACAAGCAUUAUUCAAAAGAACAUCCAUUAAUUCCUCAUGGAUUGUCUGUUGUUUGUACAGCGCCUGCCGAUUUUUUAUUUACAACGUGUGCAGAUCCUAAAAGACAUUUGGAAGCAAGUCAAUUGUUGGGAUCUGAUUUACCUAAUACAUCAAGUCCUGAUACAAUCGCAAACGUUUUGGCAGAUCAGUUACGUUCAUUUAUGUCAGAUUUUGGUUGUCCAAACGGUCUAAAACAGAUGGGUUUUGAUAGAAGCAAUGUAGAUAAAUUGGCAGAAGCAGCACUAAAUUCAUUCCGGUCAAAUCCAAUUUCACCAAGAGAAAUUGAUUUUGAUUCGGUUUCUGAUAUUUAUGAGAAGUCAUUAAAUGUAUAUUAGAUUAGGGGGGGGGGUGAUAUUUAAAGAUAUUUCUCGGUGAUAUAAAUGGCUUACGACACAUGCGGACAAACAUUUGCGGACAAAAUUAAAUUCAAAUAAGAGUGGAACACAGACAGUGUUCAUAUCAAGGCUUAUAUAUUUUGGUGGUCUCACACUUGCGUCUCUCACUCACAAGUCACAGAAAUCUCGUGUGUGUCCGCAAAUACAAGUCCGCAAGUGUUGUUAUAUACCCCUACACAAGGAAUGGGCUGAGUUACCAGAUUUCAGAAAUCUGAGGCCUGGACCUUUU